AUGCAACUAACUAUUUGCAACAAGGAGAGAAAGAGAGGGGGAGAGGGAGUGGUUGGGGAGGGGGAAGAGAAAGACUUGCAACUCACGCACUGCACAACAAUUUAUUUUUUCUGUGAUGAGGAUUCACUCGCUACACACAGCAAACUGAAAGCCGAACUGAAGGCCGAAGGCUGCAAACUACACAGCCCAGCCCAACACAAUCAUGAAAAUGCCUUGGUCUCUUUCCUACAGCCGCAGCCAAGCCUAUCAUCACGCAAGAACAAAGGCGGAGGCGAGCACCGCCGAGACGACGACGGCGAAGACCACCGUGUGCCUCCCUGCACCGGACGUCGCGUCCACGCUCUUCCCGGUGGCAGUACCUGCAACCAGCCACGGCCAAGGCGUACAAGAAAGUUAUACAGAAAUUCUUGCACAGUUGUGGGCUGA